AAAAAUUAUAAUAUUUAAUAAAAUAGUAUGGAACAAUCGCUGAGUCAGGAGCAAAUGAACCAGGUUCUACAAAAAUUGAAUGAGACAAAUGAUGUCUCUACCUUAGAUUUCAAGAUAACCCUUGCCCAAUUGAAGCAAUUUAAGAAAGCAAAGUUAUCGGAUCCCAGAAGUAGCCACAAAUGCAAGAAAUAUGUAAGUGGGCUGAUCUCAAAGGCAGACCAAAUACAGAAGAAUGUGUUUACAUUAGUGAACUCUGACCCAAGUAUUAGACACAAAGAGGCUGGAAUUACCUCUGUUUUGGAUCAGUAUUCAGACUUUCCCAUCAGUCUAGAGCAAGCUGAGAUUCUGAAAGAAAUGUAUACCAAGUCUGUGAACACGUACAGUCAGGAAAUUAUCCCUGAAAAUAUUGAGGAAAUCCUAAAAUCUGUGGAUAUUAAGAUCCUUGACAGAGAAAAUCUCCUCUACAAGAAAGCUUGGCAGGCCAAAGUUGAUAAACUCUUCAGUGACCAGAGAGGAAAGUGGAAGUACUCCCAAGUAGUAGAGUUGGCAAAGCCCAAUCCUGAAUGGAACUGUGAGCCAGAGACUGUUCAAAAAGUUGACGAAUUUUUAGAAACACAAAAACAAUGGUAUAUUGAUAGUCAAAAGAAAGAAGAAACUCAAUUUGAAGAAGAGCUGAAGGAAUAUUUUCUUGAGUUCGAUGACAAGAAGUUUGCAAAGAUUAAGAAGGAAGCCACAGUAAAAAUUGAAGAGGGAAAGGAAGGUGUGCCAAAAGGAACCAUCCAGACUAAGAAGGAGGAGUCGUCUUCAGACAGCUCUGAUGAUGAAUCAGGGUCCUCUUCCAGUGGAUCAUCAGGAUCCUCCUCUUCCUCAUCUGAUUCAGAUACUGAUUCUGAGGAAGAGAGGAGGAAAAAGAGAGAAGAAAAAGCCAUAUUUAAAGAGAGUUUCGAGCAAAAACAGAACCCGUUUAAAGGAAAUGAAGCAUGGGAAGUCAAUAUCGUGACUGAAAUUGAUGAUAAUAUGGGAGAAUAUUACUCUGAUGACCCUAUCCCUUCUGAACCAGAUUCCAGUGACAAAGAUAAUGAUGGCUUCAAGCCUAUGACAAUGGAGCAAAGGAGAAGAGCAAUGUUUAAUAGUGAAGAAACAGAGGGUAGACUCUUCGCAAAAGAAUUAAUCAGAAAGAAUGAGGAAGAGAAAAAGUUUAUCCCAAAAACCUCUGUAAAGAAACCUGAAGAGUCUGAUGGUAAAUCUGAAGGAUCCGAUUCUGGUUCUGAUUCUGGGUCAAGCUCAGGUUCUAGUUCAGGCUCUGGUUCUGGCUCAGAUUCUGAUUCUGAAGCAAACUCUAAUGCUGAAAUUGAGAAGAAAGCAGUAAUGAAAAUCAAGAGGGCAAAAUAUCAAGGUAGUGGUCCAGUUGAAAGAUUUGUUAAAAAGAUUGGCUAUGGUGGAACAAGAGUAGCAAGAGAUAAUAUUGAAAACAAAUUUCGGGAUAUUUACAGAGAAAAAAUUUUGAUAAUCUUACGAAAGAACAAAUACUUCAAAUCCGCAAAGAAGACAGUAAAAGAGAGGGCUAGAGAGCUAGAAGAAAUUAUGCAUAGAAAAUAAGGAGCUUAAGCCAAAAGACUUAAUCCAUCACAUAGAAAUAAACUUGAAGGAAUUAUCAGAGAGCCGUUUGCUCUCGCACAAAUACCUUCUAGGGAAGUUACCAACCAGUUUCCUGCUGCUAAGCCCCUCAAAAUUCACCAAAACAAAGGAUAAGAUUCUUAAAUAAGAUCUUGAAGAACUAUAAGCCUGGAGAGAGCCAAGUCAAGUUGUCUGCACAAGAAACAAAAGUCAAACAAGAAGUUACUAAGGAACAAGAGGUCAUCCAGAAGAAGAGUGUUAUAGAGGUGAUGAACGAAGCAAGAAGAAAGAAUAGGGUUAAAGAAACAGAAAAGUGUAGAAUGCAUGUAGUACAGAGGGAAAGAUUUGAGCCAAUGAGACCGGAGAUGGGGGCUUAUGAGGAUUACGGAGGCUAUCAGGCUCAUGAAGAGGAUUAUAUGGGUUAUGGAGGUGUGAAGGAUGAGUAUAGGCAUCAGCAUCUGCCAUUUGAGAAUCACCAAUAUGAUAAUCAAGUACCUCCAAUGCAAGGAAUUGAUCCCAGAAUGGACCCAAGGAUGGAUCCAAGAAUGGCUCCUGGUUAUGAUCUUCAUCCAGACCCACCAAGGAUGAUAAACCCUAUAAUUCCAAAAUCAGAAGAGGAUCUUAUACAAGAUGAAGAGAAUGAUGAAUAUGACCCAUUAGCAAAUUUUUAA